AUGCCCAAACGUUCUGCUCCGAGGAAGACGGUACAAAGCGUGAGCAUUCAGAAGGCGCAAGCUCCGGCUCCGCCGGUCAACUUGGUGGAUUUGAGAAUUCCUCCCGAGUACACGAUCUACAAUGCGAGUCCCGAAGAAUCUGGGCAAUUCCUGCUGAAGGGCAGCGGUCCCGAGUCAGAUCGCAUACUGAUUUUUGGACGAGGUCACAAUAUCGGUGAACUGAGGCAUAGUAAGACAUGGUUCAUCGACGGGACAUUCUCUCUGGUGCCGCCGCUCUCCCGUCAGGUCUACGUUAUCCUGGCCGAGAAGAACAGCGGAGUCCAUCCCUUCCUCUACGUUUUUCUGCCGAACAAAACAGAAAUUACUUACACGCGGAUGUUCGUGAUGUUCAAAUGCUUGCACGAGCAUAUCGAUCCCGAGAUCAUGAACUGCGACUCUGAAAUGGCCGCCAUAAACGCUAUCCGCACAACAUUCCCGAAUGCACGCGUAGCCAGUUGUUUCUUCCGUCUUGUUGGCAAUAUGACGAAACAUCUGGGCUCGUCGGGAUUAACUUCACGCUACAACAACGAAGAGAAUUUCGCGUGCUUCGCGAAGAUGAUAACUUCACUGGCCUCCGUGCCCCCGGGGGAUAUCGAAGGAGCCCUCGCUGCGCUCGCUGAAGAAAUUCCGCCAGAACUUCAACCGCUCCUCUUCGGGUUCGAAGACAAUUGCAUAGGGCGAUCGUCCCGGCGCGGCGACCGCCUCGCUCCUCUUUUGCCGUCAUCGCUUUGGAGCGUGUACGAGCGAAUUCUCGGAGGAUCUCAUAGAACCAAUAACCACGCUGAGGCCGCCCAUCGGCGCUUACAAAUGGAGCUAAACGUCCAACACCCUUCUUUGUGA